AUGGGUUGCUUAUGUCUUGUCCGAGGACAACAAACUCCAUCGGUUGAGCAUCUGUUGUCUUUGCUGUUGCGCCAUGAUAAAGCCUCAUUCCUGUACCAAAUCUUGACAUGUGACCAAAAAUGUAUCAUAUAUGAUAACCGGAAGAGAAACAUCAUUGGUAAACUUCUUGUUCGGUCUCAUUGGCCACUAAACGGACAUUUAUUAAAAGGAAGCAGUGUUGUGUUGUUGGUAGACCAGACUAGCAUAUUCCACUGUGAACAUUUAGAAAGCGGAAAACCACAACAGCGAAGGUCUACUCGUCAAAACUGUAGAGUUUCAGCUGCAUCGCGCAAGAAGCAGGCAGCACUGGUGAACAGAAGAGUUCGCCUCCACGAUAAUGCCAGACCUCAUAUUGCAAAAGCGACGAAAGAGGUGAUUAAAGCACUGGGCUGGGAAGCUCUGUCUCAGCCACCCUAUUCCAUGGAUAUCGCCCUAUUGGACUGUUAA